AUGGAACCAUUUAUUGAAAUCACUAAAUAUUUUUCUUAUCCGAGUAUCGAUGCCCAGAGUAUUAAAAGUGAAAAGUCUCAAUCACCAACUCCUGAAGAAGAUGAUAAUGGUGAUGAGGAAAGGGUGGAAGAUAUCGUUGAUCACAGCGAGGACAGUACUGGAAGUGAUUUGUUGCUCAACUCAGAUGGAUCACCAGACAGAAUUGGAGCAUUGAACUUGGUUUCGCACAGACAUUCUGGUAGCUCUUCGAGCUCAGGCGUUAGCAGUACCGGACCAUCGGGAAAUUGUUCAGCAAAUGUAACAAGUGGCAGUGAUCCAUUAGCUGCACUACAAAGUCAGCAAUUCGCACAGAUUCCUGGAUUGGGAGUGUUAUCGCCGCAAAGCAAUCCAUUGAUCGGAAGUCCUCCAGGUGGACAAUCUUCUCUAACGCCUCAAGAACUUCAAGCACUUUUCCAGCAACAGAUUCAAUAUUUAUUAAUGAGACAGUCUACAGCAACUCAUCAGAACCAGACUCCAUUUUUUUUUCAAAAUCAAGUUCACCAAGCAUUGACUCAAGCAUCACUUCAACUGCAACAGAUCCAACAGGCUCAAAAUAUGACUAACAACCAUCAGCAUUCUCCAGUUGGAAAUGGUCCUAAUCAGUCGAUACGUCCAGCUGCUUCUUCAACACCAUCCCAUCAUUCUAAACACUCUGCUCAGACCCAAUCAUCUAAUAAUGACUUGGAUCUAUCUGCAGCAGCCGCUCUAAGCCGAUUGGCAGAAACCAAAACUAGCACUGAUGAUACCACCGAUCUCGAAGAAUUAGAACAGUUUGCUAAACUCUUUAAGCAAAGACGCAUCAAAUUAGGUUUUACUCAAGGUGAUGUAGGCCUUGCAAUGGGAAAACUGUAUGGCAAUGAUUUCUCUCAAACAACAAUAUCUAGGUUUGAAGCGUUGAAUUUGUCUUUUAAAAACAUGUGCAAGUUAAAACCACUGUUGCAAAAGUGGCUUGUAGAUGCUGAUAGUACAAUGACCAACCCUAGCGCUAUGUGUAAUCCUCUGACAACGCCAGAAGCAAUCGGAAGACGUCGCAAGAAACGCACGUCCAUUGAAACGUCUAUAAGAUAUUCUUUAGAAAAAGCAUUUAGAGCAAAUCCCAAGCCUACAUCUGAAGAAAUAUCAAUACUGGCAGAUAACCUAUCCAUGGAAAAAGAAGUGGUGCGUGUAUGGUUCUGCAACCGUAGGCAAAAAGAGAAACGCAUUAAUCCGCCAACAACAACUAUGGCUGGUCAAACCACAUCUACCAACACAGAUAUGUUUACCGCUUCAAUGUCAGUACAAAACCAGAGUGACAUGUUUCCCAUGCUAACUUCUCCAGGACAUCCACUGGCACUUGUAUCUUCUCCAUCCAUUGGAGGUCAUCAUCACCAUCACCACCAUCAAAGUAACAGUGAGUGA